ACUGCGCAGGCGCGGUGCCACUUACCCGCCAUGGAAGUGGUGGGUCUCCUGUGUCUGGUGGUGGCUGUCCUGACAUGGGGCUUCCUCCGGGUUCGGGACGCGGCGAAACGAAUGAAGUCUCCGGAGCAGGCAGGCCUGCUGGGAGCCGGAAGCCGGGCCCUUCUGGUGAUCGCGCACCCGGACGAUGAAGCCAUGUUCUUUGCUCCCACGGUGCUAGGCUUGGCCCGCCUGGAGCUGCGGGUGUUCUUGCUCUGCUUCUCCUCAGGAAAUUACUACAAUCAAGGAGAGAUUCGAAAGAAAGAACUUUUGCAGAGCUGUGAUGUUUUGGGGAUCCCACCUUCCCGAGUAACAAUUAUCGACAACAGCAAGUUUCCAGAUGACCCAGGAGUGCAGUGGGACACAGAGUGUGUGGCCAGCACCCUCCUCCAACACAUAGAUGUCAAUGGCAUCGACUUGGUGGUGACUUUUGAUGCAGAAGGAGUCAGUGGUCACAGCAAUCAUAUUGCUUUGUACAGAGCUGUGAGAGCCCUGCACUCAGAAGGAAAGCUGCCUAAAGGGUGCUCUGUACUUACUCUGAAGUCUGUGAAUGUGCUACGGAAGUAUCUCUACCCUCUGGAUCUGCCCUGGUCUCUCCUCUCACCCCACGAUGUCCUCUUCCAGCUCACCAGUAAAGAAGUGGCACAGGCCAAGAAAGCCAUGUCCUGCCACCACAGUCAGCUCCUCUGGUUCCGCCACCUCUACGUCAUCUUCUCCAGAUACAUGAGAAUCAACUCACUACAGUUCCUCUGAAGCCAAGAAGAGUUUUCAGAUCUUCAGAACAAAAGGCAGAAACAAACCAAGAAGUCCCUGGACCUGGCUUUGGGCUGGCUCCAUCCCCUUAGCCCAGGGCCAGGGACCCCCCCCAAGCAGCCUCUGAGGGAAAAACACCACCAAGACCCAAAACUGCACCAAUGCAAUAAUAGCUACCCCACUAAUUUACCAACUCUUGUGAAAAAUAGUUGGCAUGAUAACAGAGUGUGUAUCAAUCAUCUAGCAAAGCCUGGGAAGGUUGCCUUUACCAGAAAUGAAUGUAAAGGUGCCAUAAAAAAUAGUUCCCAGAUGGGGUUUUUACAUUGCUUCUAAAGCAGGCUGUUUUGGUCAGUCUUCUAUUCCUGUAACCAGGGGUCUGUAGAGUUGAGAUUUACUUAGCUCACAGUUCUGCCAAGUCUAAGAGCAUGGCAGCCUCUGUAUCACAGCUGGUGGAGGGCUUUUUGAUGCAUCUCAAAGACAAAGGCAGUCACUGGGACACAAAGCUAGUGAGCCUGAGAUUGCUCCUUUAAAACAAAGCCACAGCUGCAAGUGACCCAGUCACCUGCAAAAGGUCUCACCUCCCAACACUGGUGCUUUGAGCACACCUGAGUUCCACAGACAUGGUCAAACCAUAACACAGGUUCAACACACAUACACAGAAAGAGAGAGACAGAGAGAGAGAAACUUCAGUUGGUUCAACCAUACUUCCUUGGGUUUUUAUUUGUGGCCUCCUUACCAGAACUUUAGUUCUGUGCUUUAUCACCAUGGUACUGAUGUGUGUAGAUGGUCAUGUGGGUCCUCCCUUUGGGGAGCCAAUAAACAUCUUGGUUCUCUGCCUUUUGAAAGUAGGAGCUGUGCAAACACCUUUAAUCCAAGAACUCAGGAGGCAGAGGCAGGUGGAUCUCCGAGUCCAAGGCCAGCCUGAUCUACAUAGUAAGUUUCAGGACAGCCAGAGCUUUGGAGACAGACCCUGUCUCAAAAAGAAAAAAGUAGGAAAUAGAGAAAAGACAAACCUGGAACCGUUUUUUUAAGCACUGAAGAAUCUGAUGUCAAUGGGUCAGUGGUGGUACACUCCUUUAAUCCCAGCACUUGGGAGGCAGAGGUGGGUGGAUCUGUGAGUUCAAGGCCAGCCUGGUCUAUAGAGUCAGUUUUAGGGCAGCCAGAGCUACACAGAGAAACCCUGUCUCAAAAUACAAACAAACAAACAAACAAAAAAAGAAUCUCCUGUCGCCAAGCAUGGUGGCACAUAUCUAAACUUCCAGCACUCAGAAGAUAGACAGAAUUACUGGAAGUGUGAGGGCAGCCAUGUCCUACAUGUGAAAAUGCCAUAAUGAAACCCAUCAUUCAUAUGCUAAUGUAAAAGAUUAAUUAAAAUGCAUAUAUAUGCAUAUA